AACUCCUUCAUAAAGAAGGGAAGGGCUUCAGUGACCGCUUAUCUCUCCUUUGCUUCAAAACCGUUGGCUCAUUUACCCCGCAAACUUUUAUUUAUCUUUUAUUUUUUUGACAUCUUUUUUGUGUGUGUAUGACAUAAGUAAAACUAAACUCACACUUGUCAGUUCGGUCUCAGGAACGAGUGAUGUAAACAGAAAAUGCAAGGUCUGCAAAUCGAAAUGCUGUGAGUUGUGGGUCAGUGAAAAUAUCCGGAAUACGAAAUCAAAUAACCGCGAGAAGACCCACGCAGAGGUUAAUCGAAUUUUCAUUUAGCUUACUGCCUAAUUUUCUCUAUAGAGAAACGGGGCUUUAUUGCUAAAUCGGUAGGAACGAUAUUAUGCAAGGCCAUCAUUCAGUGCAACAUACGUUUCAGAACGUAUAGCCUAUAACCGUCAGAAUGGCAUUAGUUAACAACAGGCGGGCAAUAUACUCGGCGAAAGAUACCAUUAAGAUUCAGAAUAUGAUCUUUGCAUUAGAAGAAUAAGACUGUAGCCUGCAUCGCUUUUGCACUAAGCGCUCCGGUGUAUUCUGGUCAAGUGCUGGGAGUUGCAUUGCAGGGGUGGGUCUUCUGCAGUCGGGAGGAGCGCUCCAAGAGAGAUGCUUUUAGCAGCGGGUUUACCAGGACUUCGCGUCGCAUGCAGCUCAAUGGUGAAACGCUGGCUACGUGUCGUUUUGUAACACAGUCCGCACAAUUUGCUCAUCAGGGAAGCAGGCUACAUGCGCGAAUAGCAAAGAUAAGCCUCUUCAAUCGGGUGCUUGGAGAGAGAAGUGGAACACCAUCUCCCGCGGAACGCCGGGCACCUGUGCCGUUUAAUGGGGAGCCGUAAAUGAACUGAAAGGGGUUUCUGGUGGAGUUUCUCCCCUUUCCUUCACUGCGCCAAACGUAAACUCCAGUUAGGCAGCCACACGAUGUCCUCAGCUCAGGGCAGGGAUAUAUCAGACUACCAUUUGAGCGUGGUGCGGGACCCGCCUGCCUGGGAGGUUGGGGUGUACAUCGCCGGGUUCCUGACACUUUUAGGGGUAGUGGGGAUCAACCUGUGGAAGCUGUGGAAGUCUGGGGCCUUCCCCGCACCCUCUCCAUUCCCCAACUACGACUACCGCUACCUGCAGCAGAAGUAUGGCACCUCCUACUCAGAAGUGAGGCAAAAGAGGGUUGUGGCCUCCAACCACCGGAGGGUGUCGUCUGUAAGCCGGAAGCCCAGCUUGCAACUGGGGGACACCCCGGAUGGUCUUCGCGAGCUGGGGACCCUGGAGCUGAUGAACAGGGACCUGGACCCCACGGGCGCCCUGCAGCUGAACCGGUCCGUGUCCACAGACUCGCUGAGCUCCAUUUCCUCUAUCGCCAACAACUUCGGCCACGACUUCACCGUGGGGCAGCUGGAGGUGACGCUGGAGUACGAGGCGCGCUCCAGCGUGCUCUUCAUCUCCCUCCUGCAGGGGAAGGACCUCCUGGAGAGGGAGGAGGGGGACUUCCCCGGCUGCUUCAUCCGCGUGACGCUGCUCCCCGAAGAAUUCAACGUGGGCGUGUCUAGGGUCCAGACGAACGCGUUCACGGUGCUGUUUGAUGAGCGGUUCUCCGUGCCCUUGGACCCAGCAGCCUUAGAGGAGGGCAGUCUGCGCUUUGUGGCAUUUGGCAUCGACUCGGACGAGAGGAACAUCAGUGCUGGGACAGCUGAGCUGAAGCUGUCCGACCUGGACCUCACCAUCAGACCUUUCAAUGCCUGGCUUUACCUGCAGGACUUGAACAAGGCCGUGGAUGCUGUUGGGGAGAUCCUUCUGUCACUUAGUUACCUACCCACAGCCGAACGCCUCACUGUGGUUGUGGCCAAAGCAAAGAACCUGGUGUGGACCAAUGGCAAGACCACAGCAGAUCCAUUUGUCAAAGUAUACCUCCUCCAGGAUGGCAGGAAGAUCAGUAAGAAAAAGACCUCGAUGAAGAGAGAUGACCCGAACCCCAUUUUUAACGAAGCUAUGAUUUUCUCUGUGCCAGCCAUCGUCCUGCAGGAGCUCUCCCUGCGGAUCACUGUGGCAGAGUGCACUGACGACGGCCGGGGGGAUAACGUGGGUCACGUGAUCAUCGGUCCUGAGGCCAGCGGCAUGGGCAUUACCCACUGGAACCAGAUGAUGGCAACUCUGAGGAAGCCGGUCUCUAUGUGGCACCCGCUGCGUCGAAACUAGCCCAGCCCACAUCUCCCUGUCCCCUUCCCCAUAGUCACAGUUAUCUCUGCAUGGUGCCUAUUGUCUUACUAGUAUACGUCGAGGGAUUUGAGAGAGAAGAUAUGGAGUAAAAGAGCUUAUUUUUUCAGGAAACUGCUCUUUGUGUCUUUUGAAACCCAUUGUACAGUAUGUGUAUGGUGUUAUUAAGAAACAAAAAGAGUAUAAAUAUAUAGGCAAAGGUCCGAAAUGAGUUUUAUAUCAGAUCUUUAAACGUAUAUUGUAGAAAUUUAGGUACAGUAGCUUUUGGUAUGAGCGUGUCUUUGACUGGGAACAUGUCUGAUGUCCUGGGCUAAUUAAAAAUCCAGGUUCUCUUAUCCAGGUUUAUAAAUCUAUACUUCAGGCUGGCCAAAUCUCCACAAACACCCUCAAAGCAUGUGUAAUAUACAUGAUUAUGCUCUGAGUAAUAUUACAUGAUACAUCAUGUUGUAAGAAGUGUCAGUGAUUUUUUUUUCUUUGUCAGAAAUACCCAUACUGAGCAAAUGAACAUUCUUGGUUUUCCCUUACCACUAGACAAUAUUUAUUUAUUUAUUUAUUCAUUCAUUCUUUCUUUCUUCCCUUCAUUCAUUUACACAUCUUUUUGUGAAUUGCUCAUGUAAAGUUACUUAAACUCAUUACGUAUGACACCAGUUUUAUUUUUAUGUGCUAUUCAUUUUUUAUGAUCAAACUAUUUAUGCCCGGAGUAAUUAUUCUCAAAGUGCACUAGGAAAUCUAGCCUUGGAUUGUCUUUCUGCUGGAAGGGGUUUUUCCAUUUAGAGCCAUGACUGACACCAAUUUCCAUGCUGCCAAAUUUAAUUCAUUGACUGAAGAACCUUAAAAUAAAAUCUUAAGAUGUGGGAGUGUUAGGCUGUUUUACACAAGUAAACCUCUUGAAUGUCCCUCGAAUUAAAAAUCACUACACACUACAUGGGCAGGCAAUAAUAUGUUUUAUUUUUGUUAUAGAACAAUGUGAAUUCAUGUCUUAAAACAUUGUCUAUUUGAUUUCUGCCUCCACUGACACUUUUACCACCCAAAGUGUCUUCAUACCCAUAACCCGGCGUCAGGAAAACUGCAUUGUUUGCAUUUUGGUAUCACUUUGCAAAUGUAGCAAGCAACGUAUCUGCAAUAUUCACUGAGGAAAGAAAAUUAUUUCAUUGCACAUUAGAAAAACACCAUAGGGUUCACAUAUCAUAUGAAUCGCAUUAGCCUACUAACCGAGUAAACGUUGAUUAUCGUAUUUAUUCUGCGUUCUGACCCAGUUAAGUGCUGUACCCGAAACACAGCUACAGUUAAAUCAUGCUGCGGCAUUUAUACGGAUACACCAGUGCAUCAACGUUUUAGAUUUUAUUGUGACUUACUAUGUGUUAUUCUGUGCCAAAUCUACCGUUAUUGAAGCAAUAUUUUCAUUUUCAGUGUGCAUUUACACAUUUUUGUGACUGAGAACUAAAACCAAUUUUACAAUGCAUGAUAUUUUACAGAUCUUUGAAAUUGAUGUGCCACCACGAAAAAAUAAGUCUUGUGUUCAAACAUUGUUUUAAAUAAAAAAUAAUGCUAUAUGACA